AAUGGUAGACGCGGUUCAGGCAAUUCAGGACAGGGAUAUGCCCUUUCGAAAUGAGGAUUUAUGUGGUAAAUUUACUUUUGCAUCUCCAAGUUAUUCAGUAUUAGAGAGUAAAGAAAUUAUCGAGAUUGAUGUGCUUUUUCAUCGAAGAAAACCGCAAAAGACAAAAUCAACCUUGAAACUUCCGAAUGGUGGCUUGAAAAAUGAGGAAGAAAAGGAAACUUCCUUUCAGAAUGGAGUUAUUAAGCCUUGUAUGGACGGUGAACUAGUACACAAAGGUGUUGUGUCUGUUGAGUACGAAACUAGAGAGGGAUCAGCAAAAUUCGACAAAGAUUUUAAACCAGCAAGAGGAACUUUACAAUUUGAUCCUAACGAUUUUCAAAAGAAAAUACCUAUUACAGUGAUAAACGAUGCUCAAUAUGAAGGAAAUGUAGACUUUUACGUUCUUCUCAAGAACGCAAAAGGAGAUGCUGGCAUUGGUGAUCCAAACAUUGCCAGAGUGACAAUAAUCGAUGACGAUGAACCAGGUGAAUUUGAGUUUGAAAAAGUUCAGUAUUACGGUGGUUCCGAUGGAUCUGUUUCUGUAACCAUUGUUAGGAAAAAUGGCGCAGAUGGGAAGGUUACAGUUGAAUGUUUGACCCUUGAUGGCACUGCAAAAGGCGGUGAAAAGAUUGAAGAUGGAGUAGACUACGUAACAUUUGAUGAAGAGAUAGACUUUGGAAACGAAGAAACUAGCAAGAAGAUAAGAUUUGAAAUUAACAAAUCUUCUAAAGAGAACAAAAAUUUCAUUGUUUGUCUAAGAAAUCCUAGUAUUGGAGCCAAAAUAGGAAAACACGCCUCUGCAAUGGUAUUUCUCUCGUCUGAUAAACUUGAAGGUGAUUUAGCAGAUAUUAUUGAAGAUGACGAGGAAAAGGAGGAUGGUUGGGCUGAUCAAUUUAAAAAAAAAUACCUGGGGGCAUGGCCAACUUUCGUCGUCUCUGUGCUCGUUAUUGGCGGAUUAACACUCUUUGUCGAACAGCUCUCCGGUUUGCUAAGUUGUGUAAUUCAACUUAAGCCAGCCGUAGCUGGGAUUACAUUAAUCGCAUUGGGUACAAGUCUACCCGACACUUUUGCAUCAAAAUCGGCUGCUCAAAAUGAUCAACAUGCCGAUGCCGCUAUAGCCAAUGUGACCGGAAGUAACAGUGUCAACGUAUUUCUUGGCUUAGGUUUACCAUGGGUUAUAAGCGCCAUUUACGCCGCAGCUACGAAGACAGAAUUCAAAGUGAAGACAAAUAAUCUGGUCUCUUCUGUAGUGAUUUUCACUAUUUUUGGUACUCUAUGUAUAAUUUUGCUGCUUCUUCGGCGGAGAUUCGUAGGAGGAGAAUUAGGAGGAUCCACUGUGGGAAAAGUCUUAUCUAGUAUCUUUCUGAUAAUAUUAUGGCUUCUCUACUUAGUUCUAGCUUCAGUUAAAGCUUAUCAUCCAGAUGUAUUCCCAUGGUAG